AUGUCCCGCCUGCUGCACGCGGAAGAGUGGGCUGAGGCGAAGGUGUUGGGGGACCACCAUCGCCAUCCUCAGCCGCCUCACCUCCCGCAGCUGCCUCCACAGCCACCUGCAACCCUGCAGGCCAGAGAGCAUCCGGUGUACCCGGCCGAGCUGUCCCUCCUGGACAGUACCGACCCACGCGCCUGGCUCACUCCCACUUUGCAGGGCCUGUGCACCGCACGCGCCGCCCAGUAUCUGCUGCACUCUCCCGAGCUGGGUGCUUCCGACGCCGCGGCGCCCCGGGACGAGGCGGACGGCCAGGACGAGCUGGUAAGGAGGAACAGCGGAGGUCUCACCAAGAGCCCGGGGCAGGUGAAAGUGCGCGAACAGCUGUGCAAGCUGAAGGGCGGGAUGGCGGCAGACGAGCUGGGCUGCAGCCGCCAGCGAGCCCCGUCCAGCAAGCAGGUGAAUGGGGUGCAGAAGCAGCGGCGGCUGGCAGCCAACGCCAGGGAGCGGCGCAGGAUGCACGGGCUGAACCACGCCUUCGACCAGCUGCGCAACGUUAUCCCCUCGUUCAACAACGACAAGAAGCUGUCCAAAUACGAGACCCUGCAGAUGGCCCAGAUCUACAUCAACGCCCUGUCGGAGCUGCUGCAAACGCCCAGUGGUGCAGAGCAGCCGCCUCCGCCGCCGGCCUCCUGCAAAAGUGACCACCACCACCUUCGCACCGCCGCCUCCUACGAAGGGGGCGCGGGUGCCGCGGCUGCGCCUGGGGCGCAGCCGGCCUCCGGAGGGGGCCCGCGCCCCGCCGCACCCGCAGCCUGUCGGACCCGCUUCUCGGCCCCGGCCUCCACGGGAGGUUACUCGGUGCCGCUGGACGCUUUGCACUUCCCAACUUUCGAGGACAGCGCCCUAACGGCGAUGAUGGCGCAGAAGAAUCUGUCGCCUUCGCUGCCGGGGAGCAUCCUGCAACCUAUGCCGGAAGAAAACAGCAAGACGUCUCCCAGGUCCCACAGAAGCGAUGGAGAGUUUUCCCCGCACUCCCAUUACAGUGACUCGGAUGAGGCAAGUUAGGAAGGCGACAGCGCCCUGAAAACUGAAACAAACCGACAUCCCCUUCCCAGAGCGCGGAAAACCGCGC